AUGUCGACUUCUAUGCGUGGACUGACCGUGUUCAUCGCGGACAUACGAAACUGUCGAGUUAGAGAGCUAGAAGAAAAACGAAUAAAUAAAGAGAUGGCAAACAUUCGAGCAAAGUUUAAAGAUGGCAAUUUAAAUGGAUACCAAAAGAAGAAAUACGUAUGUAAACUUUUGUACAUGUACAUACUUGGCUGGGAUAUCGAUUUUGGGCAUAUGGAAGCUGUUCAUUUGAUUUCAAGUAACAAAUAUAGCGAAAAACAAAUUGGUUACUUGGCAGUAACUCUUUUAAUGCAUGAGAAUAGUGACUUGGCGCGUCUAGUAGUAAAUUCUAUACAAAAAGAUCUUUUAGAAAAUAAUGAAAUAUUUAACUGUCUAGCCCUACAUGCGAUUGCUAAUAUUGGUGGACGGGAAAUGGCUGAAUCAUUAGCGAACGACGUUCACAAGCUAUUAAUCUCUCCAGCUUCAAAAGGGUUUGUUAAGAAGAAGGCGGCGUUGACCUUGUUACGGAUGUACAGAAAACAUCCUGAUGUUAUUCCCGCCGUAGAUUGGGCCGAAAGAGUUAUACAGCUAAUUGACGAUUUGGAUUUGGGAGUUGCCUUAUGUGUCACUAGCUUGAUAAUGGCUCUGGCUCAAGACAAUUUAGAGGCAUAUUUGGGCUGCUAUGAAAAAGCAGUCAGUCGACUUAAAAAAAUCGUGGUAGAGAAAGAAUACUCUCUGGAUUAUGUUUAUUACAAAGUUCCAAUUCCUUGGUUGCAAGUAAAACUACUAAGACUUUUACAAUAUUAUCCGCCAUCAGAUGACGAAAGAGUGCGUGCCGAAUUGCAUGAUGUUCUCCAAGCUAUUUUAAGUUCCUCACAAGAAACACCGAGAAACAUUGUCAAUCAAGCCGCUCUAUUACUUGGACGUUUCAUAACUUCCAAAGAGACUAAUGUUCGAUAUCUUGGUUUGGAGACAAUGGCACAUUUGGCAGCGUGUGUCGAUUCUUUGGAACCGAUAAAAAAGCAUCAAGAUACUAUUUUGUUAUCACUUCGGGAUAAAGACAUUAGUGUGCGUCGUCGAGGCCUAGACCUUCUCUACAGUAUGUGCGACGUGACAAAUGCUAAAGCGAUAGUAACCGAACUGCUUCGUUAUUUGAAUAUAGCAGAUUAUGCUUUACGUGAGGAAAUGGUGCUGAAAAUUGCCAUAUUAACCGAACGAUUUGCCACCGAGUACCAAUGGUAUGUGGACAUUAUACUACAGCUUAUUAGCACAGCCGGUGAUCAUGUUGGUGAAGAAGUGUGGUAUCGUGUUGUGCAAAUUGUGACCAAUAAUGAAGAAUUACAAGAAUAUGCGGCAAGAACUGUCUUAAUUCAUUUACGUUCGAUAUCAUGCCACGAAAGUCUUGUUAAAGUAGGCGGGUAUAUACUUGGCGAAUUUGGACAUUUAAUCGCAAAUAUACCUGGAGCUAGUGCCAUUGAACAGUUUCACGCCAUUCAUUCGAAAUUCGGCUUGUGCACACUACAAACAAGAGCUUUAUUAUUGACCACAUACAUUAAAUUUGUCAAUCUUUUCCCCGAAAUAAAAGGUGACAUUUUAUCAGUGUUUAAUCAAUAUCGUCACGUACUUGAUGCGGAGUUACAACAACGUGCAGCCGAAUAUUUGGCAAUCGCCACGAUGCCAACCGAUGAUCUUUUACAAACAGUCUGUGAGGAGAUGCCGCCAUUCCCUGAACGGGAAUCUGCACUUCUUUCACGGCUGCAUCAACAACAUUCAGAUACCGAGGAUAAACGAACAUGGAUUAUCGGAGGAAAGGAUGUAAAUAAAGAACGAGAAAAUUUACGAAUGUCAUCCUUGAUAACUCGUAGUAAUUCUUCGGAUAACAAAAAAACCAAUGGUAAUUUUACUAUUCACAAUGGUAGCACCAGUAGUAACGGGGGAAGCACAAGUAGCAAUGGCAACAUAAAUGGAAGCAAUGGAUACGGUGAUGUUGACCUUUUAAGCUUUAGUGAUCUUAAUCUUAAUAACGAAAUCACGGAUUCUCCGACAACACUAACUAUUACUUCUCAACGAGGCGUAUUACCGGCAGAUAGUAUAACACCUGGCUCUGAACAAUGGUUUGGUAAAUUAAUCUAUAUGACAGAAGGUGUGAUUUACGAAGACACCCAAAUAUUAAUACGCCUUAAAUCCGAGUAUCAUGGCCAUAUGGGUCGAAUAGCACUCUAUUUCACCAAUAAAACUCAAAUACAAAUCACCUCAUUUAUCACAGUAAUUGAACAUAUUGAAAAUGUAAUAAUUACUACUCCCGGCCCACCUCCCUCGACAAUAGCACCAUCCAAUCAAAUCCAGCAAUUAUUCCAUAUUGAAUGUCAUAGCACAUUUACAGGCUCACCAAAUUUACGCGUGUCAUUUAUCAUUGGCAUUCCCGUUUAUACAAUUGGACUGCGCUUACCUGUUGUGAUCGCAAAGUUCAUGGAACCAAUCGAAUUAAACGGGCCAGACUUUUUCGCUCGUUGGAAACAGAUUGGUGGCGGACACCGCGAAGCACAGAAAGUUUUUAAGUCGGCUCAUCCAAUUGAUUUAGUAAAUGGUGGAAUUAGGAAUAUGAUUAGUGGGUUUAGGUUUGGAAUAUUAGAAGGUGUGGAUCCGAAUCCUAGCAAUGUUGUUGGAGCAGGCGUUUUACAUACUGCAAAGAGUGGCAUGAUUGGUUGUCUGAUGAGAUUAGAACCAAAUGUCGAUGCACAGAUGUAUCGAUUGACAAUUCGGACAACUAACGAAAUUGCGACGCAAGAAUUAUGUACUUUGUUAGAAGAUCGGCUAACUAACGAUAAGUUAUAA